AUGUCCUCUUUUUCCAGUGUUUUGGAUGUGACAAAACCGGAUUUUGAUGUGGAAGCAUAUGUAGUGAAAUUACUUCGGGAAAAAUCGCUCGAUGGAUUGGUUAAAGAAGAGGAAGAAAUGGUGUCAGCAGUGCGAAGACUAGAUUCAGAUGUUCAUCAAAUAGUCUAUGAGAAUUAUAAUAAAUUCCUCACAGCGACGAAUACAGUCCGAAAGAUUCAAGACGAGUUCACACAACUCGAUUCGGAAAUGAAGUCGUUGAGUCAAAGUAUGACAACAAUAUCCACACUCAUCGGAAACCUUGACGGAGUUCUUGGCGAGAAACGUGACGAUAUUCUUCAACUUGGAAGCUCGUAUAAAGUUGUCAACAGUUUGAAGCAUAUUUUUGAUCUUCCGCAUGUCUUGCAGAGCGAAUUCGACGAGAGAAACUACGGAGAAGUACUCCGAAUGUUCAAGUUAGCUGAAGAAUCUCUUGAACAAUACAAAGAUGUUCCAACAGUUCAAACCGUUCUACAAAAAAGCAAGAAGAUAUAUGACAUGACUGAAAACCAGCUAAUGGAUCAGCUACGAAACCCCGCCUCUGGCGCUGAAUUAGUAUCUGAAGCUGUUGAUUUGUUGCUGACGAUUGGAAGGGACGAAGAUGAAGUACAACAAGUUUUAUUGAGAUGUUCAGAGCAAUCAUUGAGAGAAGAUUUGAAAGAAUUAUCAUCAAAUCAUUCGGAUGUUUUGGAUCUUGUUGAUAAGGCUUCAGAGAGUUUUAUUCCAAAUCUCACGUUGAUUGCAACGACUCAUGAUAGAUUAUUUGAAGAGAAGAGAGACGAAUUGCUAGCGGUUCUUCAGACCGAAAUGAACUCCCUUCACGCACUUGUUUCAAAAGUGUUCCUAUCCUCAAUGGACGCCAAGGAUUGUUCGAUCGUCGUCCGAGCACUCGACAGAUAUUUUCGUAAAAUCUCCACGUGUCGCCACGUCAUCCCGGGACUCGAUUUCCUUCCAUUGACCAUAGAGCUCAUCAAUGAAGUAUCAAAACAUGAAAUCGAUUUAUCACUUUUGAGAAUCAAGGAAGAAUUGAAGAAUUCGUUGAAUGAAGUAAGAAAAGCAUUGAUCAAUGAGGAGAAGGAUCUAUCCGGAUUGGCGAGCAAGAUUGAGCAAGUUUUUGUUCAUCAGGUUAAGACCGCCCUCGCAAAUUUACUCCUUUUCACUGCAAGUGACGUCACAUUUGCCAAUUUGCCACCUGAUGAAUUCCGUCAGUCAUUUGCUCUCAAUGCUCAUGAACGUCUACUCGUUCAGGCUUUUCACAGAUUUGCAGAGCUUGCUGAUGAGUACGAAUCCGGCGCCGGCGAAACCCGUUUCAUUGAUCCACGUGUUCUUCUUGUAUUCUCGGUAGCUCUUCAACAUUUAUCCAACAAAUCCGCCGUCUAUCUUCUCAAUUUAUGUCGGGAACAAUUCUCAUUGACCCCUGAAGAAGGACUGACAGAUAUCAGUGUAGUCACGUUAGAAGUGAAGUUGAGAGCUCAAAAAUUGGUGAGAUGCUACGCGGAAAAGACAGGAUUGUCGAUGGGAGAGACACUGGUGAAGGGAUGUACGAUGUUGGUUCAACCUGCCGCAACGCCAAGUGCAAUACGAGCUUCGGUCCGUCGUCUUGUCGAAGAAAUGAAUAUAUGUGAUAGUGAAUUGGCUCUGCUUCUUGGUGGAGACUCGAAACCAAAGGAGGCGAGAGUUAGCCGCCGCCCGAUCACCACUGCUCUCGACGCUGCUCGCGAUUCUCUUUGGUGUGAAAGAAUCGAUUUCCACCUUCAGAUUCAUUUCAACCGCGCCUCAAUCAUAACCGUUAUUGUGAAAGUUGUCCUAAAGAUUUUCAUAGAAUCCAUUCGACUUCAAACGUAUUCGAAAUUUGGUGUGGAACAAGUUCAAGUCGAUUGCUAUUACUUGCAGAGAUGUCUGGCAGCAUUGGUUUCAGAUGAGGUUGUUGUCAAUUCGAUGGUAGAUCAAGCACUCUCGUCUGCUCUCAAAAGAUGUCAGGAUCCCGUUCUCGUCCAUCCGUCCCGGCUGGCUCAACUCUGUGAGGCACCUCCUGCGUCUGCUAAUCGGCCGAGUUCUCAGGCAUCUAGUCUUGGAUAUUAA